AUGUUCUCCGUGAGAUCAUCAUCCAUGGCGACAACUCACGGCACAUCGAAAAAAGGGGAAAGGAGUGCAUCGCCGAUGUCGCCUAUGGAAGCUCGGCUAUCGCUCGUAUUCGCGCUGGCUGCUCAAACUUCUUCCCUCUCCCAGCGGGUUUUGAUGGAUCUCGCGAAUGAGACCGCGAAAUAUGUGUUUCCGAGUAGGAGAUUUGAGAGCAGGAGCUUUGAGGAAGCAUUGAUGUCAGUUCCGGAUCUUGAGACUGUGGAGUUUAAGGUUCUGAAACGGAGUGAGCUGUAUGAGAUAAGAGAAGUUGAGUCUUACUUUAUUGCCGAGACAACAAUGCCUGGGAAGUAUGGAUUCGAUUUUGGUGGUGCAUCUCGAUCUUUCAACGUGUUGGCCGAGUACUUGUUUGGUAAGAAUACUAAAGAGAAGCAAAUGGAGAUGACUACACCAGUUCUUACUCGUCGAACAAAAUCUGAAGGGGAGAAAAUGGAUAUGACAACCCCAGUGAUAACAAGAAGGGUGGAAAAUAAAGAUAAGUGGACAAUGUCUUUUGUCAUGCCAUCAAAAUAUGGUGCCGAUUUGCCGUUGCCAAAGGAUUCAUCCAUUAAAAUAAAAGAGGUGCCUAAAAGGGUAAUUGCAGUUGCUGCAUUUUCAGGGUUUGUUACCGAUGAAGAAGUCGAACGACGUGAAUCAUCACUCAGGCGCUUACUAAACGACGACCCUGAGUUUUGUGUAAAAGAGGAUGCCUUUCUGGAAGUUGCUCAGUACAAUCCUCCAUUUACACUUCCAUUCAAUCGCCGUAAUGAAAUAUCGCUUGAAGUUGAAAGGAAACACACUUGA